UUUCGGGCCGAGACCCUUUUCGCGGACGGCCUGGCCUGCUGAGUUCCUCCAGCAUCUUGUGAGUACUGCUUGGAUUUACAACGCUCUAUGCUUGAUUGGCGAGGUUUGUCACAGGGAUGGAGCCAGGCGCCGGGACGGAGCUGGCAGUCGCGGCAUGGAUGCUGGGGAGGGACGUGGGCGAACGGCCGAACUCUAGAGAUCGAUUAGUGAGGACAUCUAAACGGUUGGUGGGGUACGGUGACCUCGAUCGGAAAUGGGAUGGGGCACCCCUGAUGGACAGGAGCCGAGGACCACUGACUGACAGGGGGCGGUGGCCGGUGGCCGGUGACGGAUAAGGGGCAGGGACCUGUGCCGGACAGAGACCAAGGGGAAACGGCGACACUUCAUUCCGGGGAUGAGAGUCCAGAAACAGCGGCUUAUCAAUCCGUUAUUCAAUGUACAGGCCACCAAUGUAUCAAUCGCCCAUACUGUCGACACCUCCUGGAAGUCCAAGAUCUGCAUGCUCCAACACUGCUGGACUAAAAUCACAUACCAGAUUUGGAGAGAGUGGAUGGACAGGUUUGCUUACCGAUCUUUGGACUAAGAUGACAACAGUGGGGUGGAAGAAGUGAUUAUGACUCAGCAAGAGCUCAGACAAGGAAGAUCACAUUAUUUCUUCCGGAAAGCUCUUUAAAACAACAGCUGGACUGCUGCUUUCCCCAAGUGUUUCUGCUUCCUUAAUCAUGGUACACGGAAUGCUGGAUUCACUUUGACAAACAAUAGCCACCAUGUCUAGAGUAUGGAUCCCACACAUGACAAACUCCCCUUCUCUCAUUGUAAUGGUGGGUCUCCCUGCCAGGGGCAAGACCUACAUCUCAAAGAAACUCACCCGCUACUUCAACUGGAUUGGAGUGCCAACUAAAGCAUUUAACGUUGGGCAAUAUCGACGGGAGCUCUUGAAGACUUACAAAUCAUUUGAGUUUUUUCUCCCUGAUAAUGAAGAAGGGCUGAAACUCCGGAGGCAGUGCGCAUCAAGAGCACUGAAUGAUGUGAAGAAAUAUCUGGGCGAGGAAGGAGGACAGGUUGCAGUUUUCGAUGCCACCAACACUACGCGUGAACGAAGAGAAAUAAUAAUCAACUUUGCAAACGAGAAUGGAUACAAGGUGUUCUUCGUUGAGUCAGUAUGUGAAGAUCCUGAGGUCAUUGAGACAAACAUUGUGCAAGUGAAGCUGGGAAGCCCUGACUACAGGGACUGCAGCACUGAUGAGGCCAUAGCGGACUUCCUGAAACGGAUUGAAUGUUACCAGAACACAUACCAGUCUCUGGAUGAAGUAUCAGAUAAGGAUCUUUCUUUCAUUAAAAUCAUGGAUGUUGGAAGACGCUACCUUGUCAACCAUGUAUUGGAUCACAUUCAAAGUAAAAUCGUUUACUACCUCAUGAACAUCCACAUAACUCCACGCUCCAUCUAUCUCUGUCGUCAUGGUGAGAGUGAGCUGAAUCUGAAGGGCCGGAUAGGUGGUGACUCGGGCCUGUCUAGUCGUGGCAAACAGUUUGCCAGAUCAUUGGGAAUGUUCAUUCAGGAUCAGAACAUAAAGGAUCUGAAGGUAUGGACCAGUCAAAUGAAAAGGACGAUCCAGACAGCUGAGGCUUUGAACGUGCCAUAUGAGCAGUGGAAAGCAUUGAAUGAAAUAGAUGCGGGCGUGUGCGAGGAACUGAUGUACGAAGAAAUUCAGCAGAACUACCCAGCCGAAUUUGCACUCAGGGAUCAGGACAAGUAUAGAUACCGGUACCCAAAGGGCGAGUCGUACGAAGAUUUGGUUCAGCGCCUGGAGCCAGUGAUCAUGGAGCUCGAGAGGCAGGAGAAUGUUUUAGUCAUCUGUCACCAAGCCGUCAUGCGCUGCUUGCUGGCGUAUUUCCUCGAUAAAACAGCAGAGGAGCUUCCAUACCUGAAGUGCCCCCUGCACACCGUCUUAAAAUUGACCCCAGUGGCAUAUGGAUGUAAAGUUGAAUCCAUUUUCCUCAAUGUUGAAGCUGUCAACACACACCGAGAAAGACCAGAGAACGUGGACGUUUCAAGACCUUCUGAGGAAGCCCUGGUCACGGUCCCUGCUCACCAGUGAGGCUGCAUCUUAAUGGGGCUUACCCUCACCGUCCAACCUCGCCACACUACUUGUUCUUAUUUCAAAUCCUGCUGAUAAGCGUUUCUACGUUUGGUUGUUUUAUUAAAAGUUUAUAGAUGAAAUGUGAUGCACAAGACUCUUCAGGCCAUGCAGUGAAGAACUUUGACUGAACACUCUUCUGUCUGGCUGCGUGACUGUGUCAAUUUCUGACUAUAUGUGCUUACCUACUGGACUUGGCCGAUUUGGCACUGCCUUUAAAGCAGUAAUUUGUCACACAGCUGAUCAGGGGAAGAUGAGAUGUAGUAAUGAAAACAUUAGAAGCGUUUACAUUUAUAACUUCAUGCAUUUGGAAGUUUAAGAUGAUGAAAAAUUAAUUAACUCCUGAUAGAGUGAACGUGGGGAGAUAUCUAACUCUGUCUUUGGAAAUUAGAUGUAUAGUAAUUUAUGUUGACUAACAGGAGUCUUACUGUGUGGAUAGUAAUGAUACAUGAUUAUUACUAAGUCAAUGUUCAAUGUCUCUGUGCACAGCUGCCUUAGCCUCAGUAAUAUGGAGAGUCUUAAUUGGGCAGGAGCUGUCAGUAAUGUUCCUGUCCAACCAUAAAGGGCUCUGCAAUUGGGGAAAGACAUCUUCCUUCAAAAAACAAUUAAUGUGUAAAAUUGGAAGAGGUUCUUUUUAUCCAACAGUGUUACUAUUGGACAGUGUCACACUGUAAAUCAUUUUCAUUGUUAACAUGCCUAUUUAAAGCCAAGCUUUGAUUGACAAAUAUUUCGUUAGGCAGAGAUCUGCUUAUUUUGUUUCUCAGGCCUCAAAUGUGAUUUUAAUUAAAAAAGAAUAAUAGUUAA